AUAUUUUUAGCCACUUUGUCUCUGACUCUGGGACUAGAAAUUCGAGGAGAAAUAAUUCGUGGAUAUCCAUGCAUACGUCGUUUGAAUCAACUGUACUGUCCAACUCCGGGAAACAAGUAUCCAAAUGAGAGGAUUGAAGAAUUCAUUGACGAUAAUAAGGCUUUGAUUCGACGUAUGUUUGGGGAUUACAACUUUUCUGCAGGAGACAACUAUACAGUAACAUUUCCAAACCAGUUUGAAACGUAUGAUGGUCAUACACUUCAUACAAGAUCAGAGAGAGCCGCCAAUCGAAACACUUACAGCACAUCUUCAGAUAAAGUGGACGUUUGUGAGUCAGCGGUAGAAAUAGUGACACCAUACUGGGCUUCCAACAGUGCAGGAAAGAUACGAGCCAUUGUUAACACUCAACACCUUCAACAAGCUAUCCAACAAGAAGUAUGCGGGUCUAGAUCAGGGCAGACAAAGAGAUGUACGGACGAUUGUUCGUGUGAACAGAAGUACAAGUGGCACAGACUGCUAGCUUACGAUCCUGAAGACGACUGUAAAGGAAUAUUUAUGGACUGGUUUCUCUUCCCUUCCUGUUGUGUAUGCAGAUGUGCUAAUCUCACCAGUAAAUAAUCCUUUCGUAGCUUUAAAAAAAAGAUGGCCGACUUUGAAAAGGGAAAGAAGACGUACCGUCGUUGGGCGACAAGAUUUUAAGAACUUUGGUGAAUUGAUUAAAAUUUAAAGUACGCUACAAGUUUGAUCCCACACGACACGAGUGAUUUUUGUCAGUUGCUUAGUAUUCUACUUACCUUACCAGUACGCCCUAAUUCUGCGAUAGUUAAAUUCCGAUACCGAUAGCAUGACGAAUAAUGAUUGAGAAUUAUUAAUUUCGAAAGACUGGAUAUAUUAACACUUUGUCCUAAUCUAGCGCGAGAAGCGGGAAAAUAACAACCUUUUUGAACAUCUACAUAUUCAAACUAAACACUUCACUUAACCCUAGUAUUACAUUAAUGAGAAGUGACGGUGCUUACCCUAGCGUCCAAACGCUUGUGUAUUUUUUUUUAAUUGUAAAAGCAAUAUUUUUCUUAAAAUUCAUAAUAACAUAAUUAAUACUUAAUAAAAAGAGACAAUCAAACAGAGAAUAAACUUGUUUGAAUAAAAAACUAAGUAUGAAUAAAAGAAGGAUUUAAGGUGAAAUUACUCUAAUUUUCAUACAAGUGGUAUUAUCGUGCAC